AUGCGAAUUGACGCCUUGGUUUUAUCGUCCAUUACUUCACCGACUCCAGCAGUGAAGGUUGACAUGAACCAAUGGCCAUACUUGAGAGGCAUAGAUUUGGCGGACAACCAGUUUGGUACGCCUGGAAUUAUCGACGUUCUUAUUGGCGCGGACGUGUGGGGGCGUCUCAUAGAGGGUGAAGUCAUCGGUGGAAGACCAGACGAACCUUUUGCCCAGCGUACCCGCUUCGGAUGGGUGGUGUUUGGUCCAGCAGCAGUGACCCUUCCUGCAAAGGAAUCAUUGCUCACACUCACCACUUCGCUAGACAGGGAGGACCACCGGUUGGAGGAACUGGUGUCAAAGUUCUGGCAAAUGGAAGAAAUAGCGGUGGUUGACAAUCUGCCAGAGAACGAGUGUGAGCAGAUUUUCGAUACCACUCAUAGCCGUACCCCAGACGGCCGUUAUAUGGUACAGUUACCCUUACGGCGAAAGGCAACGGAACUGGGUGACUCGUACACACUGGCACUACAGCAAUUUUAUAGACUAGAGCGUCGUAUGGUUUCGGAUCCAGUCCUUAGAGAAAACUACAUUUCGUUUAUGAGGGAGUAUGCAGCACUUGGUCACAUGGAGACAGUACAACCACCUUACAAUCACACCAAUUGCUACUACAUUCCACACCAUGCGGUCACAGCUAAGUUCCGCGUAGUGUUCAACGCAUCGGCACCUACCAGCACUGGAAUCUCACUGAACGAUGUCCAACUGGUAGGUCCAACGCUUCAGGAUUCGUUGAGUAGUAUUCUUUUACGUUUCCGUCGCUAUCGAGUGGCGAUAACAGCAGAUAUAGAGAAGAUGUUCCGGCAAGUGCUGGUUGCACCUGAACAUCGCGACUAUCAACGAAUUAUAUGGCGUGAGUCUCCUGCAGACGAUAUCCGAGUAUAUCGCCUGAAGACUAUAACAUAUGGUAUGGCAUGUAGUCCUUACAAUGCAGUACGAACUUUACAACAAUGUGCUUGUGACAACUCCGCUGUGGUUCCUGACGCCCAACAGGCAGCUCGCGCUUGA